CAAAUAGUAUCUGCCACACUAUAGCCAACACUGGACCCAACCACUUCACUUCUUGGCCGCUAAAACAACUCCAAUUCCUCGAGGCAUCCCUUUAUAAAAGACCAAAAGUCCCUGCUGAUCUCCUACACCUUCAGUUUGGAGAUCAUCAUUGAACGCACAAAACAACCACAGCUCUGAGCACUUUGAACAAAUACAAGAUGGUCCACAAAUCAUCAGUACCCUCGAUUCUCUUCGUGAUGGUGCUGAUCGGAGUCACACGCUCGCCUGCAACCGCGGCUCCUGCGGGCCAGGGCGGGAUCGAGCCGGCCCUUGAACUGUACAUGCAUGACAUUCUUGGGGGGAGCAGUCCCACAGCUAGGCCCAUAACUGGCCUGCUGGGCGACAUCUACAGUGGCCAAGUGCCCUUUGCAAAGCCAGUGGGCUUCCUUCCUCCAAGAGGGGGUGUGGUCAUUCCCAAUGCAAAUGGUGCAAUCCCUACAGUCAAUGGGGUCAAUGGGAUCCCUCUAGGGACAGGCCUUGCAGGGACCCUGUUCGCUGGGACGGCCAUCAAUGGCCCCAACCCUAAUGGCGUCCAGACCCAGUUGGGACCCGAUGGGCUGGGCCUCGGGUUCGGCACGAUCACCGUCAUUGAUGACAUCCUGACCUUGAGCCCCGAGCUGGGGUCGCAGCCCAUCGGCAAGGCCCAAGGUGUGUACGUCGCGAGCUCGGCUGACGGGACCACGCAGAUGAUGGCCUUCACGGCCAUGAUCGAGGGUGGCGAGUAUGGGGAUAGCCUCAACUUUUACGGCGUGUAUAAGAUUGGAUCCACCCUCUCGAAAUUGUCCGUGACAGGAGGGACCGGGAAGUUCAGGAACGCGUGCGGGUACGCGGAAGUGAGGUCGCUCAUCUCGCCGGGCCAACCCGUUAUCGACGGCGCGGAGAUGCUGUUGAGGAUCGCCGUCUAUUUGAGGUACUGAAAGACGGCAUCAAAACCUGGACCGGUCCUGGAAUUGUUUUGGACAAAGAGCUUGAUUUGAAAUUCCCAAAGCAAUGGUUGAAAUUGUAUGCUUCAGUUUUUCCUUUUCCCCAUUAAUCCCAGUAAGUGUAAAGUCCUGGUUUGAUUGAUUGGUCUUCAGCUGACCCACU